AUGGAGCUCCAGGAGAACUCUUUCCUCUUUGACUACGAGUCCCUGCUCGACAAAUCUCUGGCUUAUGAUCCGACCUCAGACCCUGGUUACGUCAGCGCUUGCAGCAGCCUGUCUCCCACCUCCUCUGUGGACUCCUUCUGCUUCUCCCCCACCUCCCUCCAGGCUGUGGGAAAUGAACAAAAUGCCUUGAACUAUUUCCUCUUCAGCAGCCCUGUGGUGCCUCAACCUACCCAACAGACUCUGCUCUGCUCCAGACCAUCCUCAUCAACCACCUCCGCUACAAAGAAGUCCAGGUCUAGAUAUCCAGGAAAGAAGCGCCAGACUGCUAGCGAGAGGGAGAAACUGAGGAUGAGGGAUCUGACCAAAGCUCUGCUUCACCUCAGGUCCUUCCUCCCACCCUCAGUGGCACCAGCUGCACAGACCCUGACCAAGAUCGAGACUCUCCGCCUCACCAUCCGCUACAUCUCCUACCUGUCGGCCCAGCUGGGCCUCAGUGAGGAGGUUCUGGAGCAGAGGAGAAGCUCUGGCUUUGUGAUGCAGAAUCAAACCCUCAGUCUGUUCCUGGAUCAACCAACAGCCAACUACAGUCCACAGGAGUCAGGCUGUAACACCAUGAGCCCAGCCCAGCUGUCCUACCUGCAGCAUUCAUCUCAGAAUGUCACAGCUGAAUGA